AUGGCUUGGCUUUUCGGAUCUCUGACCGAAGAAGCUCUCAGAUCUGUCUACGGUUUGCACUCAGCUCAUGAAGUAUGGGUCUCGCUUGGUCAGAAAUACAAUCGUGUGUCCGCAACUCGGAAGCUGGAUCUGCAACGCAAGCUCCAAGGUAUGACAAAGCAACAGAAGUCUAUGUCACAAUAUCUAGCCGAUGUUAAAGAUGUCUGCGAUCAGUUAGACUCAAUAUGGUGCUCUAUAUCCGAACAUGAGAUCGUUUACGGUGCACUAAGCGGAUUAGGCAAGGAGUAUGAGUCAAUAUGUAACGUAAUCGAGCAUUCCAUGGAUUCAGUUCAGCCUAUGAGCUUUGAGGAUGUUGUUUUCAAGCUCACAAACUUCGAAGACAAAUUGCAAGUGUACAACCAAGCAGCUGAAGUGAGUCCUCAUAUGGCGUUUCAUACUGGUCGUGGUUACAACAACAGAAGACGUGGAUCUUACAAUAACAGAGGAGGUUAUAGAGGCAGAGGAUUCAAUGCAUACUCUACAAGAGGCAGGGGUUUUCAGCAACAGUUCAGUGGGUCUGGUUCCAACUCUGGUACAAGACCAACUUGUCAGAUUUGUGGUAGAUAUGGUCAUUCUGCAGCGAAAUGUUACAAUAGGUUUGAUCAGGAAUACCUGUCUCCAGAGAAUGUUCACACCACUCUCACCACAAUGAAACUGUCAGAUCAAACUCAUCACUCCGGACAUGAAUGGUACCCGGACUCUGGAGCAUCUGCUCAAAUCACCAACAAUAGUUCUCAGCUUCACACAUCGGAGCCGUACCUCGGAAAUGACCAGGUGAUAGUGGGCAACGGAGACUUCCUGCCCAUUACACAUGUGGGAUCAGUUGAUUUGCACACGCCUCAAGACAAGGUGACAAAGGCAGUGAUCACCAAAGGAAGAAGACAUAAAGUUCUUUAUAUGUUGAAGGAUGCAAGGUUUCAAGCUUUUUACUCUAACAAGCAACAAGCUACAAAUGCUGAGUUUCCCUUUGCCGAUGUCUAUAGUGGGUUUCACAAACAUACCGACUCAACUCUUCUCAACAACUGGAGACUGUUAAAUCUGCAACAGAAUGAAGAAUCAGACAAUCAGGCUGACAGUCAAGCUAAUGAAGAAGAGUUAGGCAGGCUGACAGUCAAGCUAAUGAAGAAGAAUAGUUCAUCUAGUGCAUCCUCAGCUGGUACACUAGAGGUUUCUGAUCAUGAAGAAGUUCAUGAGAUUGUGAUACAGCCUCCACCACCACAAUACUCGAUGACUACAAGAGGAAAGUCUGGUAUUGUAAAACCAAACCCAAAGUAUGCGCUCUUUACUGUGAAAACCAACUAUACUGAGCCGAAGAACAUUAAAGAAGCGCUAAAAGACCCUGGAUGGACAGGAGCUUUAAGUUGUGGUUGGAUCUUCAAAGUAAAGCUGAAUACAAAUGGUUCGUUGGGUAAACUGUGUUCAAGACUUGUAGCUAGAGGAAAUGAGCAAGAAGAAGGGAUAGAGUACAUUGAAACAUUCAGUCCUGUGGUUAGAACUGUGACAAUAAGAACGGUGCUACAUGUUGCAGUGUCAAAGAAGUGGGAGAUUAAACAACUGGAUGUACAAAACACAUUUCUACAUGGUGAUUUACAAGAAACAGUUUACAUGAAACAGCCACCAGGGUUUGUGGAUCCAGAGAAGCCAGACUACGUAUGCAAGUUAAACAAGGCUAUAUAUGGACUGAAGCAGGCACCGAGGGAUUGGUUUGAUAAGUUCAGCUCAUUCCUCAUCAGUUUUGGGUUUCAAUGCAGAUUUCCUGACCCAUCUCUAUUCGUGUAUCAUCAUGGAAGUGAUGUAAUAUACCUCCUCAUAUAUGUUGAUGAAAUGUUGUUGACUGGAAACAACCAAGAACUUGUAGACAGAUUGGUUGCUGAGCUGAGCCAAGAUUUCAGAAUGAAGGACAUGGGAGAGGUUCAUUACUUCCUUGGUAUUCAGGUUCAUCAUCAAGAGAAAGGUCUCUUCUUGUUUCAGACGCAAUAUGCAGAAGAUCUUCUCAUCAAUACCGGAAUGAGAGACUGCGCACCGAUGCCUACACCAUUCCCCUUGAGGUUGAACGAUUUGAAGGGAUAG